GGGAUGUUCUUUUGUACAAGUAUAUCACGAACCGGCAAAACCUACUGGACUGUAAAUUACCAUGGCCAUCACCACCAAAGCCAAAGAUGUCGCCAUCAUAAUCGCCGUCUCGGGUGUAACAACUCUCAACGUAUUUUUGACAGGAUCGCUGACGGUCGCUCUGCCCACUAUUGGAAAAGAUUUGAACUUUAAGCAGGCAGAUCUUCAAUGGCCUAUUAACGUAUAUGCUCUUUCAUAUGGAUGCCUCCUCCUCCUCUUCGGAAGAGUAGGGGACAUAAUUGGAGGGAGGACUAUGUUUCUUGUCGGGUCGAUCUGGUUCACGAUUUGGAGUAUCGCCACAGCCUUUGCCCCAAAUGACACGGCUUUCAUCAUUUUCAUGGCUUUGAAAGGGAUGGGAGCAGCAGCAAACACUCCAGCAGCCAUCGGCCUCUGCUCAUCAUGUUUUCCUGAAGGUCCGAGCAGAAAUAAAGCUUACAGCGCACUCGGUGCAGGGCAGGCGAUAGGUUUCAUCAUGGGUCUCGUUUUGGGUGGAGUACUCACUGAGACUCGAGCUACGUGGAGAUCCUUGUUCUAUAUCCAAGCCGGCCUAGGAGCACUGUUCGUUCUGCUUGGAUUCUUGGUUCUCCCCAAGGAUAGAGCCAUUCGUCGGUACUCCAAGGGCCUUGAUUGGGGAGGUGCUCUGCUCAGUACUACAGGUCUUGGCCUGCUGACUUACAGUCUUGCGGACUCGGCAAUUGCACCCAAAGGGUGGUCUUCCCCCCAGAUACCUAGCUUGCUAACGGUGUCGGUGCUCAUCCUGGGUGCCUUCUUAUACUACGAACGUUGGAGGGAAUCUAAGAAUUUGUCUGUUCUUAUACCUCUCAGCAUGUGGCGGCAGCCAGGUGCUAAGAUGGGCAGUCUCGUCGCGCUUGUUUUCUUCGCCUGGUGGAGCUUCAACACGCUUUCAUAUUUCAUGACUCUCUACUAUCAGCAAGUUGUCUUGUUGGUCCCACUUCAGACCUCCCUCCGUUUCAUACCGAUGGCAAUUUCUGGACUGUUUGCUAAUGUCCUCUCGGGUUACUUCAUGACCAAAGUUCCGGGACAACUCCUCAUGCUCAUAGGGCUAGUCGGCGGUGGUAUUUCUCCAAUCCUCUUCGCUCUCAUCGAUGUCAAACUCACUUACUGGGCCAUGGGAUUCCCGAUAGCCGUCCUCAUUGUAUGGAAUGACGUUGCUUAUCCACUCGGAAACUUGCAGAUCGCAUCCGCUUUUGACGAAGAUUCGCAGUCACUUGCGGGGGGGGUCUUCAAUGUAGCCACGCGCAUCGCUACAUCCAUUGGUCUGGCUAUAACGAGCAGUAUAGCCACAUCAGUUUCGGAAAGAUAUAAUGCUCAGCACCCAACGCUUGCUCCUGACUCUCCGGAAGUCUUAAUGGUUGGAUUCCGAGCAGCUGGAUGGACUUGCUUCGCAGCAUCUGCUAUCAGCGUACUGAUAGCUAUCUUUGGGAUGCGUGGGAUUGGUAAGGUUGGACAAAUGAAGUCCCACAGUUCAUUGCAAGAAGGGCCCCACGACAUUUCGAUGGGUGAUAUCAAGUUGGAUAGUGAUGGAAACUCCGGAAGCAGGGGUCCUGGUGUGGAGAUUAAGCAGUCUGAAGAAAUUAUUGUUAUAGCAUAGUCGAGGCUGAUAAGAUCCUGGCCUGCACUAUAGAUUAGAUUUGCUGACUCAAGAUGAAUCAAGAACUCUAUCAUCAUCAUCAUCGUCACCAUCACCACCACCAUUAUUCUUACCAACGCCAUCCUCUUUAAUCUCUCCUCCACUUGCAUCCUCGUGACGAUUCCAAUACCUUUCACCAUAAUUAAGCAACAGCUCCAUUCCACGUCGUAUUUUUCUUACUACAUAGACCCAAGUUAGCAGUUAUGCUGCGAGUCUCUGAAUGAAUACGACAAUUCUACUCACUAGCAAAGAAAGCAAUACGAAUUUCAUUG